AUGUCACAAAUAGCAGCAAAAUCCCCCGCUACAACGUUGGAGGGGUUCAAUGCUCGCAUACUAUGGCCUGACAUGAUUAAAACACCUGAAAAUAAAUGGGUGUAUUCCUGCAAGCAAAUCGUGGACAGGUUGGGCAGCGAUCCUCAGGCAGCCGCAGAAUUAAAGAGGCGCAUGGAGAAAUGUCUCAUGUAUUUUUAUGUGAUGAAAAAACAAUUGAAACUUUUUGACCACACAUACACUGCUGCAUGCAUUCUCUUCUUCAGAUAUUGGUUUGUAUACGGCUUGCCGCCAGUUCUGAACGAGUGUAUUCAUUUGUCACAGGCCCUGCUGGUCACGGCAUGCAAAACUGUUGAGAACAACAGACCGAUAGAUGCUUAUGUGAAAGGUACCUGCGAGUUUAUUUUGAAAGAUGCUCCUUCUCGUGCCAGGCAAAAUGCGGAAAAAUUGCGAUGGGAGCUACGAGACAAGUUAGUCGCAUAUGAAAGACAAAUUUUAUGCCAAAUGGGAUUCGACCUGAAUUUGCACAACCCCAAGGAGCUUAUAGAGGAAAUAUUCAGUGGAUUCUUUCGCUACAACAGAGACCAUAAUAUGAGUGAGCAGUUCACAAAAGUCUUGCCAAAGUUAAUCCAAGAUGCGCGCAACUUCAUAAUUCAGGCUGGAACGCAGCCAGUGUCCUUGCUGUGCGAUGGCUUUACCUUUACUGCGCUAGCCUUGGUGUUUAGCGGAUUGAAAUUCAAAAAAAGUGUUGAUUCAAACUUCAAGUUUCCCAAAAACUUCUUUUCAGAGCGUUUCCCCUUCCCUGUAACCCCCCUAUUAUUCGUAGAGCUCCUAACGGAUUACAGGGUAUUAGAAGAGAACUUUUUUGAUCUCAAGAGCAAUAAGGGCGCAGAGCUUGAGGUUUCCAUUGAAGAGAUGCGCUCCCUCUUAGAAGAGGACGAAAAUGCGGCGAAGCUUUCAGAAGAAACUUAUUGCGUAUUCCCUUACGAACAGAUGAAAGAUGGUGUAGUCAAAGAGGAACUUUUGAAGAGCAUCGAGAGUCGUAUUCAUGACUUGACAGAGAAAAUAAAAGCCGCUGGCGAGACCAACGACAAGAGGGCAGUUAGAAAUGAAGACUCACCAGAACCUGCUGAAAAGAAACGAAAACUGUAG